GCCUCCUAGGCUGGGCCGCGCCCUGUCCUGGCGGCUGGGACAGUCGUGGAGUUUGGAACCGAUGUCACCGGGGUCUGGGGCCGCCCAGGAUCGUGGAGGCGGCCUAAGGCCCACACCCUCGCGUUUGGCAGGUGGCUCCGCUGCCAGAUGGGAGCGCCCGGGUGUGUUGGAUGAAGCCGGCGCAUGCACCAUGUCAUCAUGUGUCUCUAGCCAGCCCAGCAGCGACCGGGCCACCCCCCAGGAUGAGCUGGGGGGCAGGGGCAGCAGCAGCGAAGGCCAGAAGCCCUGUGAGGCCCUGCAGGGCCUCUCGUCCCUGAGCAUCCGCUUGGGCAUGGAGUCCUUCAUCGUGGUCACUGAGUGUGAGCCGGGCUGUGCUGUGGACCUCGGCCUGGCCCGGGACCGGCCCCUGGACGCUGAUGGCCCACAGGUCUCCCUCGAUGCCUCCAGGUCCCAGGCCCGGCCCCACCUCUGCGGUCGCAAGCUCUCCCUGCAGGAGCGGUCCCAGAGCGGGCUGGUGGCCGGCGGCAGCGUGGACAUGAAUGGACGCUGCAUCCACCCAUCCCUGCCUCACUCGCCCGUGGGCUCCCCGCAGUCCUCGCCGCGGCUGCCCCGGCGGCCCACGGUGGAGUCUCACCACGUGUCCAUCACGGGUAUGCAGGACUGUGUGCAGCUGAAUCAGUAUACGCUGAAGGAUGAAAUUGGAAAGGGCUCUUAUGGCGUGGUCAAGUUGGCCUACAAUGAAAAUGACAACACCUACUAUGCGAUGAAGGUACUGUCCAAAAAGAAGCUGAUCCGACAGGCUGGCUUUCCACGUCGCCCCCCGCCCCGAGGCACCCGGCCAGCCCCUGGGGGCUGCAUCCAGCCCAGGGGCCCCAUUGAGCAGGUGUACCAGGAAAUUGCCAUUCUUAAGAAGCUGGACCACCCCAACGUGGUGAAGCUGGUAGAGGUGCUGGACGACCCCAAUGAGGACCAUCUGUACAUGGUGUUUGAACUGGUCAACCAAGGGCCUGUGAUGGAAGUGCCCACGCUCAAACCGCUCUCCGAAGACCAGGCCCGUUUCUACUUCCAGGAUCUGAUCAAAGGCAUCGAGUACUUACACUACCAGAAGAUCAUCCACCGGGACAUCAAACCUUCCAACCUCCUGGUCGGAGAGGACGGGCACAUCAAGAUCGCGGACUUCGGUGUGAGCAACGAGUUCAAGGGCAGCGACGCCCUCCUCUCUAACACCGUGGGCACGCCUGCCUUCAUGGCACCCGAGUCGCUCUCAGAGACCCGCAAGAUCUUCUCCGGGAAGGCCUUGGAUGUUUGGGCCAUGGGUGUGACGCUGUACUGCUUUGUCUUUGGCCAGUGCCCGUUCAUGGAUGAGCGCAUCAUGUGUUUGCACAGUAAGAUCAAGAGUCAGGCGCUGGAAUUUCCAGACCAGCCCGACGUAGCUGAGGACUUAAAGGACCUGAUCACCCGUAUGUUGGACAAGAACCCCGAGUCAAGGAUCUUGGUGCCAGAAAUCAAGCUGCACCCCUGGGUCACGAGGCACGGGGCGGAGCCGUUGCCAUCGGAGGACGAGAACUGCACCCUGGUCGAGGUGACCGAAGAGGAGGUCGAGAACUCAGUCAAACACAUUCCCAGCCUGGCGACCGUGAUCCUGGUGAAGACCAUGAUACGCAAGCGCUCCUUUGGGAACCCAUUCGAAGGCAGCCGGCGGGAUGAGCGCUCACUGUCAGCGCCUGGAAACCUGCUCACCAAAAAACCAACCAGGGAGUGUGAGCCCCUGUCUGAGCCCAAGGAAGCAAGGCAGCGAAGACAGCCUUCGUCGGGGCACCGACCCGCCCCCCGUGGGGGAGGAGGAAGUGCUCUCAUGAAAGGCAGUGCCCGCAUGGAGAGUUGGGGGGCCCCAGCCCCCAGCUCCUCUACAUGCAUGCAUCCUCUGCGGCCCAAGGAGGAGGCGAUGGAGCCCGAGUAGCUGCCUGGAUUGCUCGACCUCGCAUGCACGCCGCCAAGUCGCCUCUGCGGGGCUGCUGCACCCCGCGUUUCCAUAGCAGCAUGUCCUACGGAAACCGAGCACGUGUGUAGAGCCUUGAUCGUCAUCUCUGGUUAUUUGUUUUUUCCUUUGUUGUUUUAAAGGGGACAAAAAAAAAAAGGACUUGACUCCCUGACUUCGACCUUGGCCGCUGGCUGGCUGAACAGGCGGGUGUGAGGAGUUGCAGACCCAAACCCACGUGCAUUUUGGGACAAUUGCUUUUUAAAACAUUUUUAUGCCAAAAAUCCUUCAUUGUGAUUUCAGAACCAUGUCAGAUAUACCAAGUGAGCAUGCAGGGGGUUUGAAAAUCGUGGAAUAAUGAGCAGAAAACUCUGGGGCCCGAGGCCAGGGAGUUAUUGCUGCAUUUGAGGAGUGGAAGGGUAGGUAUGACCCCUCAUGCAAACCCCAAACCAUGGCACCUUCCAGAACCUUGGACUCAAGGAACCAGAGUAGGGCUAGCCCUCAGUAGCUGCAGGAAGCUUCAGUGCAACUUAUUUGUAAGAAGGACUUUUUAAUUUUUUAUGGGUGGAAUUGUAGUCAGGAAAAUAGAAAGGGCUUGAAGUUUAAGUACUUCUGGAAGGAGAUUUUCCAACCCCAGAAGGGCAUUCAUUAGCUGUGGUGGGAAAAGUUUCUUCUGAAAGACUGAACACAUUUCUUUAUGACAGCCACUCAAAGCGGGUUUCUGAGCUAGCCGACUGAGCUCUAGUAAAUCUCUCUGUUAAAUUACAAAAUCUUCAGGGUGAAAUCCUACACUUCCAUGUACAUUACAUGGCUUAAGAUUAAAGAAAAAAUAUUUUCAGUUCUCUAACUAGACUGAACUCUAGAGUAGUUCAGACUUAUUUAGAGCUUCCAGGAUAUACUUCAUGGCUUCAGGCAUGUGAUCAGAGGUAGAGCUGAUGAAACCUAUGCCUGUAUAUAUUAGCAGCUUAGCUUGUUUAUAACCUGUGUAUUCUAGAGACUUGCUAAGGUUUUGUUUUCAUUUUAAAUACUGAUUUUCGUAGUCAGUGAAAUACUUACCCAGUUUCUGGAGGGCCGUUUGGGAAAUACUUUCAUUCGACUGAGAUGCAAUAGUCAUCCUUACUGUCAAAGCUAAUGUAGGAUCCACACUAACACUGGGGUGCCCUUUUAGAGAAGACUGUUGAAACCCAGAGCACUCAGGGUACAGGGAAACCAGCGCUUGGCACAGGAAGUUCUGCUUUGUAGCCAGAAGUCCAGGAAGAAAGGGUUUAUCUUUUUGACUUGCAACUAAUGUUUGAAGUUUGGUUGAAGAUCAAAUGGGACUCCUUCCAGAGUCACGUGUGGGUGAGCGUGAGGUUCAAGGGGGAGGACAACUGGAAGGACUUUGCCUGGGAGAUUCUGAGCUCUGCUUUCCGGUGCUCUGGGAUGUGGUUUGGGUGAAAUGCAGUAUCAGUAACUGGGCUCAGAGCACUGCUUUCCUGUAGUUCCCAUCGGAUCAGCCCUGGUGUGGGGUCUCCUCACAGAGACAGGAGCGAGGCCUUGGGCUCCCUGCCCAGCCCAUUCACAGAGUCCUGGGUAUUCUUGGCUUCCAUAGUUUUUUCUUAAGCUCUUGAUUGUAGUUUAGCCAGACUUUUCCUACAGUCGUAUAAGCAGUUCAGAAUUAGGGAAUGCUGGUUUUGAGGAGCAAAGGACACCCGGCCUAGGGAGGGUCCUUUGCAGGGUUGUCUUGCCUGCUUGCUUUCUCUUUGUAACCUAGUACUUCCUUUUGCCCACUUCCUUUAAAUGUACGGGGCAGUGACUCCAUAGCUCUACCCCUUCUGGUAGCAGAGGGGGUUUGAUUAGUUUGCAGUAAGCACCUUGCAAUGGUUAAAGCCAGCGGGUCUCUAGUCUUAGGCCUAGCCCACUGGGCCUGGCCCAGUGGCUCGCCAGAGGAGGGUGGCAGCAUGUAGAAGCUUCUGCAGAACGACUCUUGUUUACACAGCCGCACCGGGCAAUGCCAUCUCUCCCCACCAUGGAACUUGCCACGUCAGAUUUCUCACAUGGAUCCUGCCAGCGAUCAGGCAGCACCCAGCUGUUUGGGGGGGGGGCGGGUGGGUCGAGGGGGGCCCAUAUUGAUAACUUUUUUUUUUUAAACAAACACCAAAGAGAACAUGGAAAGGACCCACCCCGCAUGGAAAGGAUAAGCAGAAAGGCUGUAUACACAAAGCAUUAGAGCUACCAUUCUCUUGGAGCACAAACAUUGAUUUUUCAAAAGCCAGCUCUGUCAGGAAAGGGGGGAAGCUGUUGUGGGCAGCUCUUCCAGGUGGGCUGAAAGGAUGCCCACAGUUUCUUCCACUGCUGCCUCACUUGUGGGACCAAUUUGGUGUAAGCGACCUGCGGCCUGCACCUGUGGCCUUGAAGGAAGCACAAAUCCUCCAUCCACCUUCCGUUUCCUCUGCCCUCUCCCACCUCCCUGUCCAUCCCACGGGUUGCCAGUGGCCCUUAGAAAGCCUUAUCCAGCCUCUUGUUGGGACUUGGGGCUCCAGAGGCCUCUCCCCACUGGUCUCGCCUUUCCCAUGAGGCAGGGCUCCCAUCCUCAGAGCCCUCCUGGGACACGGAGGGGAAUGCCUGAGCAGGUAGAUGCAGGCGUGGCCUGUCACUCACUCAUCUUCCCGAGGGGAGCUUCACGCUGCCGAGUGGAAGAACUGUGACUUCCACUGGCUUCCAAGGUGCUAGGGAAGGUUUCAAGGUCGUGGGUUCCCAUCUUCUCUCCAGCUGCACGGGCUGAGUUUCGUGGGACUGCUGACUUUUCUAUUCUGUGAUUUAUUUCAUGCCCAACGCUUCUGUUUUAUUCCUGAUCCUUUCUACUAUGCAUUUUCCUUUUAUCAGGUGUACAAAGUUAAAUACUGUGUAUUUAUCACUAAAAAGUACAUGAAACUUAAGAGAAAAAUAAGCCUUUGGUGUUUUUUCAGAUGUUUAAGCUUCUCUGUAAACUUGAAAUAAAUGAACAGCAAAAUGGUGCAAAA